AUGGAUCCUUCAGCGAUGGACUUCAUGAUGCAUCAAGACAUGCACUCGUCUAACAACGCCUCAUCUCCUACCACGUCGCCCAAUAUAGACCACACUGCCCGCUCGGCUUGUCCGGCCUUGCGUGCUGCCGCCGAACGGAACCAACAAUCUCCGAUGUUCGCAGCAUCCCGCCCUGAGUAUCGUAAUGACCCAACCAAUCCUCCGGCGUUUUGGAGCAUGCCUUCUCCCUAUGGUCGAUGGCCGCCCUCCGAAUUCCACCAACCUACCAUGCUAAGCAUGGGCAUGCCGCCGACAAUGAAUGCGGGUCAAGGCAGCCCACCUCAUUAUCCGCCGAGGGGUCCCGAACAAUACAACCCCCACAUGUCACCCCGAUCCUAUUACCAUACACCGAUAAUGAGCUUGACGAGAAUUGGAGGCACGGCUCCGACCCAACAUAGCCAAGGAAAUUUCUCAGGCACCAACCAAGGUCAAUCUCAGGGUGGAAUUAGAAGUGGAACUGCGAAUGGCCUGAGUGGUCCGGGCAGCCAAGGUGGUCAAGGUGGCCCAGGAACUCUAAUGAUUAACUCUGGAAUACCUGGCAGACAGAGUGGGCUAACUAAUGGUCGCCUCCCAUCUAUGAACUCGGUUCCUCCGCCUCUCACAAACAACAAUUUGCAAACGCAAACGCAAACAUAUCCCCAGAAUUCUCGUGCGGCUCAACAAUCUGGUCGAAUCACACCACCUCCUCUCCCUCAGUAUAGUACACCAGCAAUAUCACUUUCAAUGUCGGAAACUAGUGCGUCGUCACCUGGUGUAGGAGCUGAGCAGGCCCCUGCCCAAAACGAUUCAUCGUCUUCGCCUUCCCGCCGCGCACCUAUCACCGCCGUGUCUCCUAGAUAUGCCGAGAUACCUGAUAGCGGUAUCAAUGAACCACGUCGAGUGAAUACGAACCGGGAUAGACGAGGCCUUACGCGAUUGCCGUCUUCCGAAUCUGGUUGGUCUAGUGACGACGAUUCUGAUCCUGAUGCAGUUGCAAUGUCGCUUCUUGAGGCCGCAGUGACCGGACCUGCUGCAGAAGGUGCAGCGGAGGGACGCCUCAGAGCACAGCAGGUUAUGCGAGGUAGUAUUUCGACUAAGAGAGUGGCAUCUAAGAAGGCGCUCACAUCCCUAGAGUCUGUGGCUGUCUCGAGCCUACCAGAGAGCGAGAGAACUUGCGUUAUCUGCUAUAAUGAGUAUGGAGCCGAGACUCCGGAAGGCAUUAGCGAGAAGCCGCUACGAUUACCACGAUGCAAGCACGUCUUCGGAGAUCACUGCAUCAGGAAGUGGUUUGAGGAGUCGGACAGCUGCCCUUAUUGUAGAGACAGAGUCCCUUCUGAGCCCCAGUAUCGCCAGGCAAUGAACGCACAUAAUGUGUACCGGUUCCUGCGCCAACAUCACCAGAUGCAGGUACAGAUGCAGACGAUGCGACCUGGUCGAGAACAUGAUCGAGGCGAUUCGGAUGCGGGUGUUCGACUUGAGUCUAUGGCAAGUGGAUUCGGUUCUCUGGCAUCAAGCCCGUUCGCGGAGUAUGAGUACGGAGCCGCUGGAGUCCCUCCGUCAAGAAGAGCAGAUGGCAUGUCGAUGUACGGUUCUCGAACUCCGGCUUGGCAUGGAAAUUCGGGAGAGCGCCAUUCUCCCCUCCCGUUCAACGAGAUUGGCGAGAACAGACGUAGAGUGCGUCCUCGUCAUGGCAGCUUACGAGGAUUCACCCCGGGACGUCCGCAUUUUUCACAGGCCCCGACGAACAACGUCCCUCAGCCUCAGCAAUAUUCGAGUUGGAUGCACCGGACAACCCCGCCUCAUUCACUCAACCGACAGAAUUCAGUGUCCGGACAGAACGCGGCUAGUCGAACUUUAUUUCAGGCGAACAGCCCCCCCGCCUUCCCAUUCCAGUCCGCGAUGGGUGCGCACCCUCACGAGCCUUACCCGAUGAACGUAGAGGGUUCGACUGAGUAUACCUCUUUGCCUCACAUGCGCACACAGCACAAUGCGCCGCUCUCCCCAACAUAUGCGGGCCCGGAGGUUUACAUGUCGAACGCAGAUGAGACCAUGUAUGGCGGUUCAGGUUCACACGGUCAGUUGUAGGGAUACGGUGCCGUGAGAAACCGAGAGCAACCUAGAAGCUCUCCAUUCCAGAGAACACGCCCCGCCUCCGCGCUCUCUCCUCGGGAGCAAGCACGACGAGUCAGACGCAACCGCCGAGGCAACCAUUAAACGACAGCCACAACCCUUAACGACUCCCAUGGGAUAUGGAUCUCAUCCCCUCUUUUCUUUUUUACGCAUGUGACGUUUAAUGGAAUAGGUGAUUCACAUAGAAAUUUGCAUCGUCUUCAUUUUCGUAUUACGGCAUUUCGAUGGUUCGGUAAACGCAAAGGCAGAUUUGAUGGGCGGUUUUUUCUCAUUUUUCCACUUCUACGCAACUCCACGA